AUGAGCGCUUCCCCUCAGUGGGACAGCAGAAACCAGGGAUACGUAUCUCCCGCUCGGCUCAGAAAGCUCAAGGAGACCGCGCGGCCUCGACCCGAAUUCAAUUCGGUGAUGGACAAUCAGUCACAACGACGCCCUCCACUCAACAGUGCUCCAGUAACAAGCGGACAUACCCGAUCCUCGUCCUUCUUUUCUUUCAAUCGUAAAGGUCCCCAGGAUCCUCCUGCUCCUCAACGAAGCCAGUCGUAUCUAUUGAAGCCCCGCAGCGACUCGAGGAUGUCGCACCAACAACCCGCGCAAUCCACGCGUUCGUCGUUGGAUCAUUCUGGGAAUCCCGGUCCACCACCCCCGCUCCACCCAGAAAUUCGAUCCGUCGUCCAGCUCACAAACGCGCAUGCCAAGAAAAUAUACUUCUCAGGGCCACUGGUUCGACACGUCGAGCGCCAACCGGAUGGGCAGAAACCCUCAAAAGAUGACGGAUGGACCGAAGUCUGGGCGCAACUGGGUGGGACGACGCUUAGCAUAUGGGAUAUGAAAGAGAUUCAAGAGGCGAGUGCUCAAGGCCGAGAGGUUCCCCCGACGUACGUCAAUACAACGGACGCAUUCGUUCACGUCCUCGGGUCCGUGACUGUGCCGGAGACGGCGGCCUCACCAGCCAAGCGAUACCCCGAUGUGCUCACACUCAAUACGGCCGGCUCAAAUCUACUGCUCUUCUCCUGUCCCAACACGGAUUCAUUGCUCUCAUGGGCUGCAGCGCUGCGCCUGUGCUCAUGGGAGAAGUCUCGUCUCGAGGAGAUCUAUACCGCUCAUCUGCUACGAAUAACCCUCAACGGACGGGAUUAUCCAACUACAUUACAACAUGGUCGAAUGGAAGGCUGGGCACGCAUCCGUAUCGCAGGGCAAACAGAUUGGAAGAAAGUGUGGAUGACGGUCAGCGCCGCUGCGGAUUCAGUUCGGGACGCUUCUGGAAGUGCUGGCCGUCCCAAGAAGCGCAUGUCCAACUUAUUCUCCUCAAAAGACCACGGUUCUUCAGACGCACCUCUGCCAGUUCAAGCUACCAUCGCCAUGUACCCUGGUCCGAAGCCUAAGGAACGGCGAAAAGCGCUCUUGACUUUCAGCAAAGUUACCCAAGGCUUCGCCGUAUAUCCAGAGCGCCCGGACCUCAUCAGUCGCAGUACACUGAUCAAAUUAGAAGGCGUGAUCGGCGAGGAGGAGACAGCGAAUGAUAUGGCCAAGAGGGAGGGCUGGUUGUUGUUCAUGCCAGAACUAGAAAACGGGUUGGGUCAGGCCGAGGAGAUGAUCAAAUGGAUCGUCGCUAUCCAUGAUGCUUUCGGACUUUAUGGCAGGCCACAAGCUUGGACAUGGGACCCUCGAGAUCCCGCCUCACUCAUGUUUGGCUAUCCAGUCGGUCCCAACCGAGAGCUUCUUUUCCUCGAUCGCGAGCAAGCAGAAACUUUGGAUGUCCGGGAUGACCGCACCUCAUCGAUCAGGAACAGGCUUUUGAACAUCCUACUCGAGCGGAUGCCACAAAGAGACCCGAAUCCCAAUGCUGCGGCAGCACCGCCUCGUCUAUCUGCUCAAGCUCCCUCGUUGCCAGCUGUUGGAGGUGUCGGGUCUCCUGCUCCAGGAAACGGACCAAUAAGCAGUCCACCACUACCGGGUACAGGUCCUCAACUUCCGCCGCUCGCGUUUGGAUCCGACAGCCCAGCUGGAACGCCGCCGAUCCCGCAGAGUCGAAAUGGACUCUCCCCCAUUACGGAACGCAACACCUCGUCCUUCGACUCAAAUGUUGUGUUAAGCCCCCAGCGAAAGCCAACACUGCCAGACCAAGGCUCGGGCCCGGGUGCUCGGCCUCUGUCGCCUACAACUGGCCCAGCUGCUGAUGCCGUGCUCGACGGAGGCCGCUUCACGAGCAGUCCGACGUCUGAUCUGGGACGUGCGCCAAGUCCUGAGCUGGUGUCACGACUGCAGUCGCCUGCCUCAGAGUCACAGCCAGGGAACAGCAUCCGCAUGGUCCCGCCAUCGGCACCCGAGCCUGUCAAUCGGGGCAUGAACCACUCCCCGACAUCUGUGCUCACGUCACCGCACUCCCUAGAGGGGGGACGAGCCUCAGCGGUCGGGCCCUCCCGGUCCAUGUCAUCGAAUUCGAGGGCAUCUGCGCUCACAUCACCGUUCUCGAACUCAAACGCCGGGCAUGCUCCGCCUGACGACGCGAAUCUUCUGAAUGAAGCUGGCGCACUCUACUACAUGCAGCUCGAUUCUGGGCCCAGAGCGAGUAAAAUGAAUGUUCCGAGACAACCGACGACAAUCUCGGAGGGUGAAGAUGAGUCUGAGGAGGAAGAUGAUCAGCACAGAUCGCAGAGUAGCCCAGUCAUCAGACAGGCGACGCCAACAGCGUUCCAUCAGUUUUCGAACCAACAAGCAGCCCGAGCGUCGUCGCCGACGACAAGCAGCUUGUCAUCGACCGGCCCCACCAGUCGGAUCGGCAGUAGUUCCGCGCGAGAGACCCUCGGACGUAAGCCAUCGGGAGCACGUGCUCAGGGCACGCCUGCCGCAAGGGGAUAUCGUGGCCCUGACCGUGGGGUUUCUUCCUCCGGACUUCCUUCUCCUUCUCACUUUGCACCCGCACUUGUUUCCCCUCCACUUGCUGAAGAAGACUCUCAGAGCGAACCUAGCAUGCACGAAGACGCGCCUCCGCCUCCACCGCCAGUGCGUUCCAACGAAGACCUGGAUGUGCUGGCUGCGCUGUCGUACCUGGACGUCAAUGAACACGUCGACGAGACGGUCAGCGAGAACCAAAGUCACUCGCCUCCGCCUUCAGCUUCGUUCCCUGAUGCACAGAGACCCACUGCGCCAUUGCGAAUCUCAUCGAGCGGUGCUCCUGGCGAUCGUUCAGCCACUCCUCCGACCGAGUUCAAAUCGUCGUUCGCACCGUCAAGACAAGCUGCAGAACGCAAAGCCAAGCUCGAAGCCCAGCAGGCAGCUCACCAAGCGGCUGCGCAACGGCCUGGUCGGUCUAACGGAAGAAGGAAGUCGCGUAACACCGCAGCUGGCGGCUGGGGUGAUAGUAGUGAAGAGGAGGAAGAGGAAGAGGAAGAUGAUGAUGACGACGCAGAUUCUGAUGUCGAGCCCUCUCCGAUUCACAGGCAGCCGUCGCCUGGUCUUGCUUCAAUGGCACGGCCCAUGCAGGACGACUCUCAGGCCUAUUCGCACCUGCGACCACCCCGGACUUUGCCACAGAUUCCUCCACGGAUGGAAGGUGAAGGCAUGCAGCGACGUGUUCCAUCAGAGCAGUUUUCCGAGGCAGGCCGGCGCACUUUCUUCGAUGACGGCACGCAACUUCGCACGCAGAAUGAGAUGCCGCAACCCGGAGCGGCCCGGCAGACGGUGUGGAGUCAGGUCCUCGACCCGGGCAGACAAGCAGGAGCACAACCGCCAGGGACCCAGCCACGCAGCGAUGCGUUCGUUCAGCUUGAGGAAAACAAAAUGACGAAGGCGUUUACACCGCAGGGACUUCUUUCUGCCGGCAUGCAAGAUAGGGAGGAUCGUUCGGCCAAGCGACAAGAGGAGUUGGCGAGAGAAAGCGGCGCCUCGCUCAUCAACGUGGCGAACAAGCCACCGCCGCCGCAAACGGGCUUACUUGGUGCCAUCACCGCGCACGAACGAGAGCGCAAGCGCGAAGGCGGUGUCGGUGCCGCUCUGACAGAGAGAGAGCGCGAAAAACGGCUCGCGGAGGAUCGGCAACGGCGCUUUGACGAACAGCAGCGGCAGCAAUUCGACCAGAUGCAGCAGACUGGCUCCAUGUACGGUGGCCAGUUCCCGCAGUUCAAUCCGAUGAUGAAUCCGAUGAUGAUGAACCCGAUGAUGAUGAAUCCGAUGAUGACCGGGAUGAAUCCGAUGAUGACUGGGCAGCAGGGGAUGAACCCAAUGAUGACCGGGCAGCAGGGGAUGAACCCAAUGAUGACCGGGCAGCAGGGAAUGAACCCAAUGAUGGGCUACCCAGGCAUGUUCACGCCCCAGCAAAUGUUUGCAGCCCAGCAGGCAGCUGCCCAGGCCUACCAGCAGGCCAUGGUCGCAUUCUCUACGGCUGGGUCGCAAGUCGGAGGCGAUGGCCAAAACAUGGGUGCUCAGCAACAGAAUCCGAUGAUGAGCAUGUACGACCCCCGCAUGUCGAUGAUGGGUAUGCCGAUGAUGGGUGGGCCCAUGGGCAUGCAGAUGACGGGCAUGUCUACCUUCAAUGCUCAAAUGGGUCCAAACGGGACUGGUUCGCCGAUGGAGCAACCACUGACUCCUCCCAAUGCCCUCGCUAACCAGGGCCAAUAUCCGUCGCGCACAAGUUCGCCUGCUCGUGGCUCCCCACAUCGAGGUUCACCGCUCAUUCGGCCAGUGGACGACAACAGUGCUCGUCCAUUGAGCCCUCGGCCACCCACGUAA